GUUUCCGACCUGUAUAAAUAAAAUACGAAUUUCCCAAACAAGGCAUUAACUUUGACUUGUGGAGAGAUAAGAAUUGUUCAUCAUAAUAAGCGCUGCAAAUAAUAAGCAUCAUAUUUUGAGAAUUUAAUUCAUUAAUUUAAGUUUCUUCAAGAAAUUGGUAUAAAAGCUUUUUUCAGUCCUAAGUGAGACAACAUUUAUAAAGAAACAAUGAAUCAGAAAGGUGUGUAUUUGGCAGUAUUCGCCAUUUUCUUAGUAUUGCCUUUUGGAAAGGCUGGUGAAUUUUAUAAAACAGAGGAUGGUACUCCAUUGUACAUCGAAUCUGAGCUUAAGUUCAAUUGGGAUCAGGCCAAUGAAGAAUGUGCUCAACGCAAAAUGGCUUUGGUAACAGUUAAUAGUGAGAGCAGAAAGUUACAGCUGCAGCCUGUAAUAGAAUCACUAAAAUUAACCGAUCACUUGGGAUUUUGGAUGGGUGCCCACAAAAAUGAAGCUGAAGACAGUUUCGAAUGGAUCAUUAAUCACCAGCUUUUCGAUUACACCAAUUGGCAAGCAGGCGAACCAAAUAAUGCUUUGCAAUUGGAACACUGCGGAAUGUUUUAUACAGGCACUUUAAAAUGGAACGACUUCAUAUGUUCCAGAUAUCUGGGAUUUAUAUGCGAAGGCAAGCCUAAUGCCUCAGAGGAGGAGGAGGAAGAGGAAGAAUUGGAGCCGAAAGCUUUAAUUAAAGAUGAUUACUUCUCUUUGAAGCUGCAGGAUGAAUUGAAUGCAGUGGUGGAAGCUACAUCAGCAUUGAAGAGCAAGUAUCUGCUAGUUUCUGGUAUGAUUGCAACAGAUACGCUAGCGCCAAAGUUGGAAAAUCCUUUGAGGAAAGUUAUCGAAGAGUUGAAUAGCAUUUUGCAAGAACAAAAUGUUGAUGAGAUGCAAGAAGAACAAAAAUCUAAGCAGACCUUGGAAAUGCAAUUAAGACUAUAUCAAAAGGAAUUGCAACAACUAAAGGAAACUCGCGACAGACGUCUACGAAAAACUCAAUACGAGUUAUAUUCACUAUCAAAACUCUAUGAAAAAAUGGAUAAAGAAUUAGACAAGAAGGAUGAAGAAAUUCAGACCUUAAGACAAAACCAUGAUCAACAAAUGAUGGAACAGCAAACAGAUUUGAAAACACUGAAAAGAAUAGUCCAAGAACAAUCACUGCAAUUGCAGCAGCAUGAUAACAUUUUGAAAUCUUCAUUGACAGCUGCCUGCGACUGUGAAAGCAAUGACAUUUUGAAUGAGAUAAAUGAGGAUCUCAAUAAUGUACAAAGAAAGCAGAACCAACUUUAUAGUCUUCUAAAGAACCCGAGUAGGGUCCCCGAGCAAAUGUCAAUGAACGAUAUGUCUGAAGAUUCCUACAUGUCCAAUUCGAUUUAUAGUCCAUUUCCAAGUAAUUAUGUAAAGAUUAACCAAGACAAGCUUAAAGCCAUGAAGAGAACUAAGGAUAUGUUGGCAAAUCCUUUGUAUACAAUCGUUAUGAACUAUUAUGAUGGUCAGAAUCAGCCAUUUAGACAAUUAUAAGUAGUAGAGAGUUAUAGAUAUGUAUAAGACUAUGGACUGUUAUAAAGAUUAUCAUUAUUAAAGAUUUUAUUAUAAGUAAACAAUAUUGUUUUGUGUAAAUUAAGAGUAGGUUAGGUUAGGUAAGAGUUACAAUUCCAUUGAGGUACCACAGUAACGACAGGUCAAGGCCUUUGAUGGGAAUUCGAACAUGCUAACAACUUGGCAACUCCUUCGGGCUACUAGGCUUGCUGGCUGUGGACCAUGCCACAGGUCUUACUAUUCUGUCUGCUCAAACGACUCAUGACCAGCCUUAGAAAGGUGUCAUAUAAAGUAGAAAUUGCUGAAUGAACCAAGUGAGAAUUCCAUUUAAAUUACCUCAAGAAAAACCCUGGAUGACCGGGGAGAUUCCCAACAAUGGGAAAGAGGUUCGCAGACUUUAUGACAGAGAACGUUGUAAAAGAGCGGUCGCUUAUUGGAAUGUGUAUUACACAUGGGUCAAGGAAUACAAUAAGAUAUCAGAGUGGCAAAACGCGUGUGCUGAAAGCUUUUCUGCGAAUAAGUCGAUUGCGUUUAUGACGCCGCUGGGAUGAAAAAGUUUUUCUCAAAAUCUCAUGUCCGAACUAAAACGUUAGUAGACGACAUGGGAGUGAACGUUAGUAGACGACAUGGGAGUGAGAGCAGAGACAACGGAGGACAUGUUAAGGCUUUUGAUGAAAACGCAAUUUCCAUAGGAAAGGAUGAGACUCACGGAUACACCUGAAUCUUGGAAUAAUGAGGUGGAUUGAAGGCUUAUGUUAAAGGAAGCCUUGAGGAGCUGUCAACCAUUUAAGUAACUCGUACUUGAUGGAAUAUUUCCGGUGUUACUACCGCAGAAGGGCGACUAUUUGGCGUAAAAUCUGGUUACUAUUGUCACAGCGUGCCUAAGACUUGCAUGUGCUCUGAAAGCCUGGCAGGAGGCAAGGAUGGUAUUUAUGCCCAAGCCCGACAAGGCAAGUUAUCCGACACCAAAAGCCUACAGACCUAUAAUACUUACGUUCUUUCUACUCAAAAUCAUGGAACCUAUUGUGGAUACCAUGAUAAAAAGUAGAACAUCCAGCGAACUGUUCAAAUACAAACUGCAUGUCUAAGUCAAGGGAAAGUCGUGGGAGACUGCCCUGCACGAGGAUGUGCAUAAAAUAGAAGAAUCGUUCGAUGCCAAGGCAUACAUAUUGACGGUAUCCAUUGGCAUCGAGAGGGCUUUUAGCAAUGUGCAGACCGACACACUGAUCCAAUGCUUAAACCAGUACCAGCUGGACCGGGUCCUUAGAGACUGGAUAAACCAUAUGCUAAAGAACAGGUGCAUACAUUGUGGUUCCAUGACAUGAUGCAAUAUAGGGACAUUUUUUCACCACUUCUAUGAGUAACCACCAUAAAUAACCUUUUAGGGAUGUUGAGUGGCGAGGGAUUUGAACCCGUCUGCAACACAGACUUUAUUAUAAUACUUCUAAAUGGUAAGGCUCCCAAUGCAAAUAUGGAAAAAAACACCAAAUAAUUUAAUUCCGCCCACUUUGACCAUUGCUGAUUUACUAUGCUUUACUCGUACUUGACUUUUUCCCUUUCGUCAAUUUGAAAUCAAGCAUAAAAAUUGCAUUUGUAUGGUAAAUGUUUUUUUUUUUUUAUUUACGAUAUUUAAUUUGC